AUGGGCAUGGGAGGGAAACUGAAUAUCCAUCCAAAGGGAUAAUGCAAGGGUAUUCAAAAUACAGGUUAUCUGCUAAAAAGAAAUCUAAAAUACUAUGUCAUUAUUUGUAGGAUGGCUUAAUAUAUAAAAUGAAACUGUCUGCUAUAAACAGAAAGCAUGCAUAUGUUGGUGUUUAUGAAAUACGAGUUUAUAACAACUCUGUGCAGUGGCAGUUGGAGAGCACUGGGAUUUGGAGGACUGAGGAAAGAAAGGCUAGCAGUAGGCAGAACCAACUGAUUCUGGUUUGUCCCAAUCUUUUUCAUUCUAAUGGAUACUGAGUACAUUGAAUACAAUAGUAUGAGUAAGACUUAAUAAUUAAAGGCUCAAAAAAGGGCUGCAGUUAUAAAUGACUUCAAGGAAUCCAGAAUUUUCCUUUCUCUAAUUUGUAAUCUAAUUCAUUUUCUUAACCUAAGGAAUUAGUUGACUGGUCACUUUUUCUGGUUAGUUUUUCACAAAGACAGAAUAGCUCAAUUUGGUCAUCCUGUCUUGGCUUAAUAAGCUAGGAUGUGUAUAGAUCUUCUGCUAUUUCUUCAAUUAACCAUAGUUACUAGGAUCAGAAUAAACCAUAAUCUUAAAACAACUUUAAUCCAUAUUUUUAAGAUUCUGCACUUGGUAAUCAGCUAACCCUACACCUGAUAAUUAGAGAUAUACAGACUGAGUUUGCACAGUAUUCUAAGCUAAAAUAUGAUUGGCUAGUUCAUAGCUUAAUAUGUUGUAUUAACUAAUCCACUGUGGUUAGUUUAUGGUUUAAGGUGUUGUGUGAACCAAGCAUUUUGGUCAGUUCAGUAAAUGGUUAAUCAUGGGUUAUUGAACUAUACAGUUAUAGCCAUAAUAAAAUCAAUAUGUCCCCAUGAACAUUUUGUUUUAUACAAUUAUAACUUUUUAAAAGAUAGGAGAAAAAUAUGGAUAUAUUCAUAAUUAAUGACUGGAGGGACUUUAAUAAUGCAGUAUGGGGUAGUGGUCAACAUGUUGAAUGAAGACUGGGGAGACCUAGACUGAAGUUUACCCUCAGCCAUGGAAGCUCACUGGGUGACUUUGGGACAGGCACUUUUUCAGCCUAAACUACCCCACAGUGUUGUGGGAAGAAUUAGAGAAGGGAGUGUUACAUAUGGCACCUUGAAUCCUUGAAAGAAAAUUCAGAUAUAAAUGUAAUAAAUAUCUAUAAGUCUACUUGAUAGAUUUUUUAUCUCAUGGCAAAAUAAUUUUCUGUUAUGUUUGUCCCAUAAAUAGACAUUCAAGAUUACCUUGAAUGGGUAGGAUCUCUAGAUGGUAUAACAAUAUUUAAUAUAGUUAUUAAUGUUGGUGAUAUUUUGGCAGUUCCUUGGCCCACAUGAAGCAUGCUAUAUUUCAUGGAUUGUCAGCUAUAUUUAUAACAUUUCACUUCAGUAGUUGGAUAUCUUUUUCCUAUAGUUUGUAUUCUCUAUGAAAUGCUACUUAUGUAAUGUAAGGGUUGGAAGUUAAUUUGGAGAUUCAUCCCCCUGCCUGGUGCAGGAAUCUACUACUACAACAUUGCCUAUAGAUGCUGAUCCAGCCUCUGUUUAAACAUCUUCACUGUUUAAACUAUCCACCACUUCCAGAGGCAAUCUGCUCUAUAAUGAACAGCUCUUACCUUUAGGAAUUUUUUCUGAUGUCCUACCAAAAUCUACCCCUCCCCGCAACUGGUAAAUUAAACCCAUUUAUUACUAGUUGUCCUGUUUUCUGGAACAGUUCUGAAUAAUUCUGUCCUAUCUUCAAUAGGAUUGCCUUUCAGAGAUUUGAUGUCAUCUGUCUUGUCUCUCUGCAGUCUUCUCUUCUGCAGGCUUAACAUACCAAAACCUCUAUCUGCUUUUCAUAAGUUUUUUUUUCCUUCCAGGCCUCUUAUCAUAUUGGUUGCUCUCCAGUGGGCAUGUUCUAGUUUGACCAUGUCCUUCCUAAAAUACAUGCCUAGAACUGGAUGUAGUAUUCUAGAAGUAGUCUAAUUAAUGCAGAAUAGAAAGGAACAAUGAUUUAUAUUGAUCCUGAUGCUAUACUUCUGUUGAUACAGCCUAGGAUUGCAUUUACUUUUUUUGCAGCUGCACAACAUUGUUGGGUCAUCUUCAGCUUGUUAUCUGCCAAAACACCUAGAUCCUUUUCAUGUGUAUUGCUGCUCAGUAUGAUCCCCCCCCAUCCUAUACUCAUGCUUUUGAUUUUUUUCUAUCCCCGCGUAAGACUUUACAUUUGUUGCCACUAAAUUUCAUCUUGCUGUUCUUGCUGCUUAUUCCAGUUUAUCAGGAUCUUCCUGAAUCUUCAUACUGUUCUAAGGAGUUUGCCAACCCCCCAUCUUUGUGUCAUGUCCAAAUUUGAUAAUCAUAGUUACUAACUCCUUACCCAAAUUACUUAUAAAUAAGUUGAACAGCACAGGGCCUAAAAUGGAGCCUGCAGUACCCCAUUCAGCAUUUCCUUUUAGCUUGAUGUGGAGCCAUUUAUUGGGCACAAUUCUUCAAGAAGCUGUGUAUCUGAUGGUGACAUAUUACAGCCCUGUUCUUUUCAUCUUCACAUGCACACACACACACACAAUUUAAAAGGGAAAAAAGCAGAUUAAAAAAGGAGUGAGAAGAGAAAAAGCACAAGUAAAUAGAUUUACAAGCAUUAUAUUAGGUAGAUUAACUACAAAUUCUCAGAAUAAUUUUAAUAUAGUUCUGCAUAUUUAAAUACCUUAUAUUAAAAUCUAGUUAAGGUAUCAACAUUAGCAAUUAGCAAAGUAUGAAAUAUAAAUUAGUGAAAAAUUACAGUCUUAUCCAGUCAGAAAGAAAGCUAAACCUUAUUUUUCAAAUCAUCCAUGACUUAAAUGUUAACUGUACGUUAAAAGAAACUGACAUUUCAGAUGUGGUGUAAGCCCAUGGGUACAAUUAUAGUCUAAAAAUGGUUUCCAUGUCAGAUUUUUCAAAUGCGAGAUUAUUUCAGACAUUGAGGCAUGCUCUCACAACUUAAUUUGCCAUUCUUCUACUGAAGGAAUUAUACAUACUUUUCAAUGGGAAGCAUACAGUAUCCUUUUUCUUAUUCUCUACUAGAAUUUCAUAGGAGACUUAAUACUUCAUUAAAGUCAAGGUACACUAUGCCUUCUGCAUUCCCAUGGUCAGCUAAACUGGUGACUCUAUCAAAAAGGGAGAUCAUGUUGACUUGGCAUGAUUUAAUCUUGACAAACUCAUGUUGGGUCCUGCCAAACAAUGCAUUGUUUUCUAAAUGUUCCAAAACCAAUUGUUCACUAAUUUGUUCCAAAGUUUUGCCCAGUAAACUGAUCUUUCUGUAGUUACUAGAGUCAGAUGGUUUCCCUUUUUUUGAAGAUAGGAACAUUUGGACUUCUGGCACUGUAAGAUGACAUCCACAAGCUCUUUUAGGACUCUCAAAUGUAAUUGGUCAUGGAGACUGUUAGAGAGUGGGAAAAAGAGACAGGAACCUUACAGACUUGCAUCCACAGCUCUUCUUGAUUUAGAACAAUAUUUAAUACAUACCAUUAACUUAGCUUUACAAAAUAUAGUUAAGGCCUUAGCUUAACAAAAUACUGUUCUGUACAAACAAUUUCAAAAGGAGCUUUUUACAGUGUCUUAUCUAUUUCACUACCUCCCUUCCUCACUCACACAGCUUUUGUUCUGUGUUUCUGGACUCAUUUCUAGGAAGAGAAUGGGAAGAGGGAAAAAACUUUUUCGGGCUUAUCAAUAGAGAGUUGAACAUAUUUGUAAGAAUUAAACAUUAAUCCCAUUGAAAUAAUUAAAAUAAUAUUAACAUUGUUUUAUUAACACCAACUGAAAUAUCGGUGGCAAUGAGCAAGCUUAUGAGUUCACACAAGCUCUUCAGGCUAUUAAACAAAAACAAAAAGAUGUUAUUAGUUAUGAUGGGAAUGUUCCCCACAAGAGUUAUUGGGGAGUAAAUCCCAGUAAGUAAUUUAUUGGUGAACAUGCUUAUAAAGUCUUGGCGCAUGGAUUAGACUUGCUAAUGCAAGAUUAUUUUUUUAAUCAGGGCAACUUAAAAAAGCAUUACUACUUCCCUUUUGAAAUAACAGAAAUAUAAGCACCAAUCCAUGUUUAGAUGGACACAAUUCUGUAUUAGAUGGAGUCUAAUCAAUUAAGAUGCCAACCUGUAUGCUAGAUAUGCUGGUGGGAAAAGUAGGAUUUAAUGAAAGCUCCUUUUGCUAACUGAUUUUGAGAUUUUAUCUUCUCAGUACAAAUGGUAAUACAUCAACAUAUCCCUAUAACUAUGAUAUUCUGCCAAUAGGAUACUGUAAGAGAAACUGUGCUUCAUCUUAAUACUGCUGACAAAGGGGUUGGUGUGAUCAGAAAUGCCCCUUUUUAUUUAAUGGAGAGCCAAAACAGAAUGACAGAACUCCUACAUUGCUAUGGUGUAGAUUAAGAUUUAAAUUAAUUCUGCCUUUAACACAGCAAACCUUCACCAGUAUAUAAACUCUAGACAGGAUUUCUGUAGCUGAAAUGUUAUGGUAUGCUCUUGUAUGUGUGAGAGAGAGGGAGAAAGGGGGACAGCAUGAGAAUGAGAACGCAUGUGCAAUUGACUAACCAAGGGGCUGUUUUGGUGAUGGGAAAUCUGGAAGAAGAAUACUUUGCACAAAAGUUCAACCUGCCCUAGAGGACACUGCUGACAUUUGUUAUAGAAUUCCCAACAGCUACCUAACCUUAAGACAUGAAUGUCUAUCAGCAACACCAUUCCUACAACUGGGAAUAAAAGGACAAAGCAUCUUGAACAGGUAAGCUAUGUAUGAUGGAAUGCCAAACAGACUUUGGGAGCACGGAGUGGUAGCAAAACAGUUAAGGGAGGAGGAAAUAGGGGCAUUACAAAAGAGAUUGUUAAGUUUGGGGGAGGGGAGAAACAUGAAAAAGAGGACUCAGAGUAACUCCACCUUAGUUACACUAAAUAUAAACUCUGCAAGAAAAUUACUUGGUAAACUUUCAGUUUUGUUACAUUAUCGGCAAUAAAGAUCUUUUGAGAAAUCUAAGUGAUUUUGUUUCCUAAACUAGUCAGCCUUGCAGGGCUUGACACCAUACUUCAGAAUACAGUUUCUAUAAAUAGUUCCCCCCCUCAAUAAAAAAUGAAAGCUACAUUUUGACUAACCUUAUCGGCAAAAUGAUAUUUUCUCCUACAAUACUUUGAAGUACUUUAAAGGUUUAGCAUGCAUAGCCCAGUAGCCAUGAAAACAGUAAAUACAAAUAAACUGUUAGUGAAUGCUAGAUACUUUAAACCUUGCUGCUUUUAAUCACAUACUUAUGAUCCCUUUUGCCUCACAGCAUCAAAAUCAGAACACAAGAAACACACAGAGGUUUCCUUCAGGUGAAAGAUUUCUACAGACAGUAUUCUUACUAGAUGUGGAGGGCUGGAUAUUUUCCAUUCUCAGUGCCAUGCAGACUACAAGCAAAGCUUACAGCAAGGCCAGACCAAUUCCACUCUUUGUGACAUGGAAGACAGGCCGAGACAAACGACUUCGGGGCUGCAUUGGAACUUUCUCUGCCAUGAAUCUUCACUCAGGACUCAGGGAAUACACAUUAACCAGUGCACUUAAGGACAGCAGAUUUCCACCCCUGACUCGUGAGGAGCUGCCUAAACUUUUCUGCUCUGUUUCCCUCCUCACUAAUUUCGAGGAUGCCACUGACUACUUGGACUGGGAGGUCGGAAUCCAUGGAAUCAGAAUUGAGUUCAUCAAUGAGAAAGGUGUCAAGCGCACAGCUACAUACUUACCUGAAGUUGCUAAGGAACAAGAUUGGGAUCAGAUUCAAACAAUAGACUCCUUGCUCAGGAAAGGUGGUUUUAAGGCUCCAAUUACCAAUGACUUUAGGAAAACUAUUAAACUCACCAGAUACCGCAGUGAGAAGGUGACAAUCAGUUAUGCAGAAUACAUGGCUUCUCGUCAGCAUUGUUUUCAAAAUGGCACUCUUCAUGCCCCACCCCUCUACAAUCAUUACUCCUGACACAAAGCUGCAUGACCAGUCCCGCCCCCCAGCUGCCAGCUAUGACAUCAUUGGAGCAGAUGCCUCCUCUUCCUGGUCCAGUUACUUCUAUUACUGCACCAUUUUAUGAUGCUAGCUUCCGUUGCCAAGUCUGCCUUCCAAUUGAUUAUGGGUGGUGGGGGCUACCAAGUGAGUGCAACUGAAUUUCAGAGGCCCAAGCUUACUUCGUUCUUCAGAAUGAGGGUUCAUUUGGACUGAGUACCUGGGACCAUUGCCAUUGGAUAGAGAAAACCUUGAGGAAUGGCAGUACCACUUCAGAUUGCUCUGUCUCUGUGUUAAAUUGCACUGUGUUCAUUUGAAUUGUUAAUUACAAUGCCCCCCGAUCAAGUAGGAGAUUUCUUCUGGCAGUCUGGCAACGGAGUCCAACAAAAGAUUUUUAGGUUAUUUGUAUUUUCUUUUUUUAUCUCUAAUAUUUAUCUGCCAUAAGCUAAGUAGUCCUAACAUGUCCCAGGCAAACAUGUUAUGACUUGUUAUAAGGAUGGUAUGUCUGGAAGUUCUCCUCCUUCAGAAGAUGGCAAUUAAUCAAAGAUUUAAAAGGUAAAAUAAAAUUUACUGCAGAUAAAAAGCAUUGCCUCUUCAUAUCCAGAAGGUUUCAAUUUAUACAUCUAGCUACUUUUAUCUUUGACACAAAAAGAAAGUAGCUUACAUUAGAUAAGAUACUGCAUGCAAGAAGGUGAAGCACUAUGGGUUGUGUAUGGAAGUAGCAUAGGUUUCCUUGUAUCCCAAAAGUAUAAUCUUUGGGUUUCUUUUGGGUGUCUAACUUAAAGUACAGGCAGUAGGAUUUUCAAUUGAAUUGGGGCAGAUCUUUUCCCACAAAGCUAUCCUUAUUGUAAUAAAAAGGAGUGUAGAUUUUUAUUAUUGAAAAUAUUCCAUGAGGCCUGUGUUUUUAACAGGCAGCUUUUUUUUUUGCUAGCGUGGCACUAAUAUUUAGGUAAUAAACACAUUAAAUGUUAGCUUAAGUGGGUUAUCAGAUCUGGGUGUGUUCUUGCUGCACUGAUGCUUCAGCCCUAAAUAAUAUAAUUGGAAGUAAAACAAAUUGGUUUACAUUAUUUGCUUCCGGAUAAGUGUACUUAGAAUUGGAACCUAAAGAAUGUUCUUUACCCACCAAGAUAAGUUAACUGGGAUCCAAGUUUUAAUAUCCUGUAGAUUUUCAAGUUUCCUAUUGUUAACUGAAUAUGCAGGACACUGAAUAGUAAACACAAACCUUUUCAAAAUUUUCACUAUCUCAGUUCUCCUGUGUGAGUCAUUAAGUGAUAUCAUGAGAGCAACAAUAUCCCCAAAAUUAAUCCACAAAAUGUAGCAUUAAUCUGCAUUAAAUGGAAUGCAGAAUUUCUGAAAAAAAUGAUAAUCACCUUGAAAAACAGGAACAAUCAGAUGAUGGACUCAGCAUAACGGCAGUAUGAUACCAUAUGUGCACCACAUGGAACAACAGUUGCUUUUGUAGAAACCAAAAAAUUACCUUUUACCACAGGAUACAAAUCUCUAUAUCUUUUGAACAAAUUAACCUUGUCAUUGUGAAAGAAAGGAGUAAAUGCUUUCUAUCUCAAAGCAAAGUCUCUAAGGCUAAACAAAUGCCCCAUCCCUGGAAAGAAGUAUAAGUAAACAUGAAUUGCUUAUAUAUUGAGGUGAACAUUAUUUGUCAUUUAAACUGCUGGCUAGAAGAUGGCAAAUGUAUAGUACCUUCUUUGCAACAGGCCUACUUAAAAGAAUCUAGGAUUCCUCCAAACUGCGUAUUUUUCUAGCACUCUUCACAUAUUUGAGAAGAAAUCACAUAGUUUUAUUUGAUACUGAACAUUCUUGUAGAAGGGAGGGGUAAAAGAGGAAUAUACACUAGCCAUGCACAAUAUUGUCCUAGCUUUUAGUUUUGCACUGGGAUCAUUCAUUUGGAUUACCACUUUUUCCCUUCUAACUAUGCUGAAAAGUAGAUAAGAAGGGACUUUUCCACAAUUUCCUAUUACUGAGAAUAAAUUAGCCUUCUUAUAAAUUACAGUGAAUUGUAGUUACCAGUGCCCUCAAUAGAAAAGAGACUGUAGAACGGGAGGGGAAAGGUAAGCUCUGGUCAUGCCAUCCAUCUCUGCUCUCAGACAGUAUUGAACUAUAGGGCUACACAAAUUACUAUUAGUGUUCUAUGUUAGAAUUUAAAUUGUAAAGAUUUUUUUAAAAGCAAAAAGGAAAAAAAAUGGUGCUAAACUUUCACCCCUGAGCACAUUCGGUAAGACUGGUCAUGCAGGCAUAUAGUGCUGUACUAUUCAAUAUUGCUUUUUUUUUUU